AUGCGAUUUUCGUCUUUAACGAUAGAGCGUUGGUUGAUUGAUAGACUGGAUGGUCUAGAUUUGGUGGAGAUGACUCCGGUGCAAGAGGCCGUUGUCCCGCUGCUUUUAAAACAAAGAGAUGUUGUGGCUGAAGCCAUCACGGGCUCUGGUAAGACUUUGGCCUUUCUAGUGCCGAUUUUGCACAAUCUGUGCCGGAAGAAGCGCGAUGUCUCCCAGAAGAAGGGCCCGCGUGCUCUUGUAGUGGCUCCUACGCGGGAGCUGGCCCAGCAGAUUGAGAAAGUCGUGCUGGGCCUGUUAACAGGUGCUGAGGUAACUGUGCAGUGUGUAACUGGCGGGGCCCAAGUGGACGACAUUCUGGCCCAGAAAAUGUCGAAUGCGGCUGGAGAGACUCUCUGGCCGGACAUUCUGAUUGGCUCACCGGGCAAAGUUCUUGAUCUGUGCAAGGCUGCUGCCAUGCCGCUGCGCAAUGUCGAGCACUUUGUACUGGACGAAGCAGAUAAGAUGCUUUCCUUUGGGUUUCGUAAGGAGGUUGCUGAAAUGCUACGGCUCUUACCCCGGGCUAAACAAACAGCUGUCUUUUCAGCUACUAUCUCUGAGUAUGUCCACGAGUUGUCCCGGCUGGGAAUGCGCAGUCCUUUGUUUGUCUGUGUGAAGAGCCAAGGACGGCUCCCAGAGCGACUGGUUCUUUCGGGGCUAGAAGUCCCGGCGGACAAGAAGAUGGACGCCUUGCUGGCCGUGCUGCCAACAAUGGGCCAGAAGAGUCUGGUUUUCUUUGCCACUUGUGCGCAGGUUGAUUACUUCCACAGCCGGCUAGUGGCUCUGGCCGGCGGACCGGGUGUCUGGCAGCAAGUGGUGAAACUCCAUCGAAAGCUGCCGCAACAUGCUCGAGAGCGGGCGUAUGCUGAGUAUGCGGCCUUAGAUGCCGGAGUUCUACUAUGCACAGAUAUCUCGGCGCGCGGCCUGGACUUCCCGGGUGUUUCCGGUGUUUUGCACUUUGAUCUACCACAAGAUCCGGCCACGUUUGUUCAUCGCAGUGGGCGAACUGCACGCUACAACCAGGACGGCCGCUGUCUCUUCUUCUUCAUGCCCAACGAGGUCGGCUUUGCCGAAUUCCUACGCCUUCGCGGCAUGGAAGCUAAAAUCCAAAAGAACUGGGAAGACUGCUACACCACAAGCCCAACUGACUCAACCGGGCCACAAGUCCAUCCAACCCUCCUAGCCACUCUCACUGACACUACCAGCUCUCCUAUCCCUCUUAGUCCUCUUAGCCCUCCCAACUCAAUUCCUACCCCUCCCAACUCAACUCAAUCGGACACCACACAAACUAAGCCACCCAAAUACACCGAUGACUUAGAGGUGGUUGCAUUUGUGUCUUAUAUCCGCUCCUACAAAGAGCACGUGCUCAAACACAUUCUGAACUUCCGUGAGCUAGACUGGGCCGGUCUAGCUGAUCUGUACUGUUUGAAGCGACGGCCAACCCUACCCGAAAUGCGCGGUGUAGUGAUUCCUCGUCUCCCCGAGCCGGCCCCUCGAACCCCAGAAGAGCGCCGAGAAAGAAGAGCCCUUCUUCGAGCCCAGCGCGGUCCUCCAACUCCAGCCCAGGAAGCCACUACCAUUCCACCUCCAGCCAAUAUACCCAGUACCUACCAACCCAAGCCCGCAGUUAAGCGAAAGCGAAUGCCCGGCCGUAUUUUUGUUACCCGUCGCCGCUAA